UAGCCCAACCCUGAAUGAGGAAAAGAAAAAAAGGGUGGAGGGAAAAAGACAACACAGCAAGAGAGAAAUCCUUCUGCGUGAGAUUUAGUUGUAGUGCAGCGGGCAGAUUUGCUGAGCUCCAAUGCAACUGCCUUUUGUGCACUCACCCCCCCCACCACCACCACCUCCACUGCAGAGGGGGGAGCACUUUGCCGUCAUACCCAAGGGGAGAAGGCAAGAAGUAUCCUCCAAUCAGCCUCCGCUCCUGGUGAGGAUUCAUCACUGACCUGAGACAAGCGCUGCUCAUCAGUCCAGCCACCUGGAAUACUCACAAUGGUCUACAUUGCUUCCCUCACAUGGAAACACCCUUUUGUGGAUAUUUGUUCAUAGCAUGAAAGAGAGACAAAGGGAGGAAUAAAACGGGACAUGCUCAUUCCUCACACUUUUCUAUUUUUCUGCCUCCAGCCGAAGAUGGACUAACUUUUACGCGUGUGUUUUCAACGCAUCCGGACAGCUACAUACCCCACCAGCUGAGGCAUGGGGGGGACCAUCGAAUGCUCACACUGCAGCAAGCAUGUGUAGAGCUGACAGGCGAUAGGGGUGAACAUAGAAGGAGAGAAGGGAUGACAGUUGGAGCACACCUGCCUGCUGAGACCGGUCUGACACCUCACUGCAGCAUGAUUGGCUGCAUGAUCUCCAAGGCAGCUUGUUUUCUCCUCAAGUUAUCAUUCUCCACAUUAGGUGGAUGCAGUCUUAAUGCGUGUGCGCGUUUGUGUAGGUGGCUUAGCAGCCUCCAGACAGGACGCAGGUGUAGUGAAGCCUUGAAUGAGGAUUAGCUUCAAAACCUUGUCGAUGGACCAAAAACUCUCAAGCUAUCCGACCGCGCUCUGGAGGAUUAAAGAUUAAGGUUCAACUGACAAGAUGAGACACAGAAGGCGAGCAGGUGACUCAGUUUCCCUCCAGUUCAUGUUAACUGUGACAGAUUUAGCUUGGAAUAAACUGGGUUCUAUAUGAAUAGACUCAGGCUGUGAGGAGAGCUUCACCGUGGCGUUGAAAGUUUUGAGGAAAGGGAAAAUGUUUUUAAGGACAAGAAUCCUCUAUGUGGCACAACUUAUCUAUAAGUUUAUAAUUGAAUAGUGUGCUGUCUUAUCAGAGCUUGGGGUCAUCAGUUUGGUCAUAAUCCACCAUGUUUCCCCUCAGAGAAGUCCAGCGGUGAGUUUGCUGUGUCUGCGGAUCAAUAGUCUGAACAUGUGAUCGUAUCUGACAACAGGAAGUUGCUGAAUGAACUUCCUUCCAGUUUUUUUGUGUAGCAUUUCAAUUUUCUGUAAUUUUGUGAAAUUUUACUCUUACUGCAGUUCUGCAGAGCUGCAAGUGAGAGUGUUUGUGAUGUAAAGCUUGUAGUUGUGUUGCCCCCUGCUGAGACACCUCUGGCGGUGUUAUCUCAGCUGCAGAGGUCUGAGCGGUUUUGGCUGGCGGUGUCAUGCCCCUGUAGAACCGGUCCUCUGCACACAGUAAGUUUUGCUGCAGCUACAAUCACAAACAGCUUGGAACACGCAUUGAAUGUGGGGUAGAUGACAGAUGAGGCAGGAGAGGGUGCUGACGGGGCUUUCAGUAAUUUCUUAGUGUCACUUUGGCAAACGUACAGAAAAGGGCUGAGAGAGAAGCUGACAGAAAGGGAAGUCCUGAAGAAACAGAUGUGAGUUCAGGAGUCUUUUCCAGUCUUUAAAUGUGAAGCAUCCUGCAGCUUUAUGAGCUUUGCAACUCCUCUCCGUGUCAAUCGGAUAAGCAUGGAGCUGUCUGAAGCAGAUGCUUUGAUGUAUCAAUAAAGCACAAAGUAGCAGGACAUUCUGUUUUAGGCCUUUCCUGAGAUUUUCUUAGAAAUCACACUUCAAAUGUGAGUUUAUUGCAGGUUUAGCAACAUUUCAUUUGUGAGCACAACACCAGACAAAGGAACAGAGAUGCAGCCGGCUCAUAUUUGCCCGGGAUGUGAUGCAUGAUACCUCAAAGAGGACCCGCUUUGAACACCACAACGCCUGCGAAUGAGGGUGGGGCUCCCACGCCGCCACAGACAAAGAAUCCUUACUUGAGAACUGGUCAUUAGCGGUUGGACCUGCACAGUCCUGCACCCCGUCAGGAGUUACCAUGGGGUGCAACAUGUGUGUGGUUCAGAAACCCGAGGAACAAUACAGGGUGAUGUUCCAGAAGGGUCACAUAGGCAACAUGCUGUGCUCUCUUGAUGCCGACGGUCGAUUUAAGGUUAAUGGGAAGGAGCCACCUCGGCGUUCUGGGGAUCCCAUCCUGGACAUACGGGACCCUGUUCUGUCCAACCUCCUGAGGCGAGGGUCCCGCAGACGGCCCGGCCCAGCUGGAGGUCCUGGAGUGACCAUGGGCAUGGUGACCAUGGGCAUGGCUGACUGUGUGGACAGCUGCACCCAAACAGACAUCAGCUUCCAGCAUAUGUUAACUCUGGGCAAGGGCAACCAGCAUCCGUGUGGAGCUCCACCCCCGCCCCACCCUCCUCCUUCCCCUCCGCUGCCUCCCCUACUGGAGCCGUAUCUCCUCAAUGAGAUCUUUACCGAGCCCGUGUACUACGACCCCACCGACUACUUUGACGUGACUCAGCAUGAAGUGGACAGGCAGGAUGAGCUGGAGUACGAGGUGAGAGCUCCCAAAGAUACCCCUCUGCUGUCUGUCAUUGACAUCCAUGAACAUUUCUCCAACUGCUACAAGGAGGUGGAGCUGUACAAGUCUCGGCAGCAGGACAAACUCGGCCUGACAGUGUGCUACAGGACUGAUGAUGAGGAGGACCUUGGGAUCUAUGUUGGAGAGGUGAACCCAAACAGCAUUGCAGCAAUGGACGGUCGAAUCCGCAAAGGAGACAGAAUUCUGAAGAUUAAUGGAGUGGACAUCCAGAACAGAGAGGAGGCGGUAGCUAUUCUCACCAGGGAGGACAGCACUAAUGUCUCCCUGCUUCUCGCCAGGCCCGAGAUCGAGAACGACACCCAGUUGGAUCCAGAUGAGUUGGAGCUGGAUGCAGAGGAAGCUGAGGUGCACCUGAGCAACAGCCACAGCAUGAGGAGCAGCUCCGCCAUCCUGGGUGCUGGACCUGCCCUCACUGCUGCUGCUGCUGCUGCUGCUGCUGGGGGAGCGUUCCGCAGCCAUGGUCUCCCAGUGAACAGGAACUCCCCAGAUUUGCUCCAGACAGUCCUCAGCAACAGCCAGGAGCUGGACAGCGGCGUCGGGCGCACAGAUGAGAGCACGCGCUACGAGGAGUCUUCAGAGCAUGACCUCCUGGGGGACGAUCACACCAGCGCCUCCAACACUAAUGCAACAAACACGCCGGGCAGUAUGCGCAGGUUCCUGUCCAGCAGAGGCAGCACUCCGCCUUUGCUGCUCUCUCAAGACCUCCAGUUCAGCUCAGACUCUCUUCUGGGUCUGGACUCUUUCAACGGAGGCGUGGAGCAGGUGGAGCGCCUGGAGAGGGCCUACAUGGCCGAUCCUGUGAGGAUGAUGAUGCCUGGGCUGACGGAGGAAGAGUGUGAGAGGUACAAAGAGCUCCUGGAAAUCAAGUGCUUCUACGAGAACAACAGUAAUGUUCAGGCGCCAGAAGAAGGAGGCAUCUCGCUGGAUGAAAACAGGAACGAGAGCCUGACGCAGCACGAGAUGGCUCUGCUGGAGGAGGAAAUGCGCCACCUGGAAUUCAAGUGUCGCAACAUCCUGAGGGCCCAGAAGAUGCAGCAGCUGAGGGAGCGCUGCAUGAAGGCGUGGCCCCACGAGGACAAGAACGCGGCGGGCCCGGGGGCCGCAGGAGGACGCCUGGAGAUGAACGGCUCCUCGGAAUCGUGUCACCACGCUCUUUCAGACAUCAAUGAGCUUCCAGAGAGGGACCGCUCCGACAAGGACAGCACCAGUGCCUACAACACUGGAGGAGAGAGCUGCAGGAGCACCCCUCUGGUCAACGAACAGCACCCGUCACCUUCCACCCAAAGUCUGGAAGGAGGAGAGCCUCCUCUUCCUGCGGGGGUGCAGCCUCCAACCCCAACCAGACAGAGGGAGAGGGGCACCAGAGUCAAGAGAGGGGACGGGAUACCAGCAAACCUGAGCACACCCUAUUCCCCACACUCCCACAGACGAGGGGAAGCCAGGACUUCCAGUCCAGGAUCGAAGGUGAGGUCCCUGUCCCGGGAUGUGGGAUCCAGGAGGGGGUCAGACGGAGGGGUGAGGCGGAAUCCCACAGCUGGUGGGAUGCCCGAGAUGGCUGGAGGGCGCAGUGCAGAAAACAGCCCGUAUCUGUCCCGGCGGGAGGCGGAAGCGAAGCCCCCCCAGCGUUACCACAGCUGCAUGCAGCUGGGGUCCCCUUCCACCUCUGAUUGCCUGGUGGGACUCAGAGAGGGGCCCACAGAGAUGGGAGGCGACGCCAGCCCCAUGAGUUUGGGCAGCACCUGUAAAGACGUGGCCUCCUUAUCUCUGCCGCCCUCGCUGCUGCCCGCCUCCCCCAGAAUGGAAUGGAAGGUGAAGAUCCGGAGCGACGGCUCGCGCUAUGUGGCCAAGCGGCCCGUGAGAGACCGCCUGCUGAAGGCGAGGGCCAUGAAGAUCAGAGAGGAGCGCAGCGGCAUGACCACUGACGACGACGCCGUCAGCGAGAUGAAGAUGGGCCGCUACUGGAGCAAGGAGGAGCGCAAGCAGCAGCUGCUGAGGGCCCGGGAGCAGCGGCGGCGGCGGGAGUUCAUGAUGCAGAGCCGCCUGGACUGCCUCAGGGAGCGGGAGCAGGGCGGCAGCGGUGGGGGGCCGGCAGGGGCCGCACAGCAGCAGGAGCCCACCACCAUCCUGGAGCUGUGCCACCGCAGGAGCAUGAAGAAGCGCAGCCGCAGGAUCCUGGACAACUGGAUCACCAUCCAGGAGUUGCUGGCUCACGGGAGCAGGUCUGCUGAUGGGAAGAAGGUCUACAACCCGCUGCUGUCUGUCACCACAGUCUGAGAAAAACACUUAUUUAGCGAGUAAACGAUGCAACAAAAGCAAUUAAAAAAAACUGACCUUUAAAGAUCCACAGAUUCCGGUUUGUGGAAACUGAAAUAACCUUUUAGACGCCGACAACAGAAAUAAGGUUGCAGUGAGUUAAAAACGACCUGACCUGCAGCAGUUCAGACUCAAAGAAAAAGCACAGACGGAUUUUAAAUGUGUAGCAAUAGAAUUAUUCCUCCUGCCUGCUGUUCUCCAGCUCAACAAUAAAAAGCGCCUCAUGUCGGUGGGCUUUGAUUACAUGAAAAAGAAAAAGAGAAAUUCUUCCUGGAAACCAUGCCAUGAAGGGAAAAGUCACUCCUGUGCCAUAAAGCUGUUCCUUCAGCCUCCACAAGAGGCUGUGGAUGAAGCACACCUUCAAAAUAAGAGCUUUUUUUGUUUUCUUUUGUUUAACUGUGUGUGUAAAAUUGCUCCUUUGUUGUGUCAUUGUCUGACUUAAUAAUGAGGUGAGCGGUGCCUUUCUUUCGGACUGUACAGCACAAAUGAAAAAGAAAGCAAGGUUUAAGACAGGAAAUGCAAAAGCACAGACUGGGUUUCAAAUGAAAUAAUUUAUACAAGCACAUUAACUUUAACCCCCAAAAAAACUCAAGGAAGAGCUAUCGAUUCAGCAGUAACUGGUUUGAACUGUCUUUAAUGGAAAAGUUCAGAACCAGCAACCUGAAAAGCCACUUCAAAACACUUUUUCCCGCCUUCUAAACCCACAGAAUUCCUUUUGGGGUCAUGGGGUUGCUGGGGCCUAUCCCAGCUACUGUUGGGUGAAAGCAGGGUAAUAUCUAUUGACUGUAUAUGAGAACUGGAAUGAGUGACGCCUCCCUCCAAAAUCCCAUAGACCUCUAUGGAGAAACAAACUGCUAUUACUCAUUCUAUUUGUCAGAAUGGCCAUUCUCAUUCUGAUACUUUCUUUCCAUAUUCUUGAUAAUUCUAUUUUUAUUUUUUUUAGUAAUGCAAGGUAUCCAGGUUAUAAACUGACCAAUCAGAUGCCUCAAUAAAAGUAUGUGGCCUCACAUCAAACAUCCAUCAGAUUCUCUAGUCAGCUUUCAAGUGGUGGUGGGGGGCAGGGAGGAGUUCCAACAACUUUGUACCUGAUUGGUCAGAGUGGUUGCCAUAGAAACAAUGAUUCAGCCCAAUCUGGACCAAACACAAUAAACUGAAAUCGUUUGGCUCCAACAUGGCGGUGUCCAUAUCCCCCCCCCCCCCCCCCAAAAAAAAGGGGGGGGGGGGGGCAACUGAAUAGACUUCAUUGGCUUGGAGCUGGUUAUAAGCCAUUUUCUAUGGGUGACAUCACACUCACUCAGUCCAGUUCUGUUGUACAGUCGAUGGUUAUCCCGCAGACACGUUGCAGGGAUUUUUAAUCUUAAUCAGCAAGAACCAACAAAGAGUUGAAAGGUUUUGACAGAUCAUAUCUGCCUGAAAAUGCUGGUAAAAUUAUAAACUGCAACAAAGUCUUCUCUGUGAAAGCCAUUCAGACAAACCCCCCCCCCCCCAAUUACUUUGUGCUCCCUUUACGGUCAACCGUAAAAACCACUUCUGGAUGAAAGCUGCUCUUUUCUCGGCUCUCUUGCAUGUUUUUUUUUAUUUCACUAACCACUGAAGGCUUUUAAACACGCUGUGAUCGUUGUCCGACUCUGCUCAAUCUGCUAGCAUAGGAUUCACGGUGUACUUGUUGAAUAUUGUGAUGUUGUGUCUGUCUUUUACAAAGCUUUUCUAAAUAAAACGCUGUGAUCAUGAAAA